AUGGGAGUCCACUAUAAGGAACUUACCGGAACUGGCCUCAAAGAAACUUUCACUCGGAACAUUGAUCUGAAGGGGAAACGGCUUCUAAACUACAUGAACACUGUUGGCGUGAACAAGAACAAAAAGUGCCUACAGGCUGUAACAAAGUUACAGGUGAUGAGAGGAGAGCUGAGCGGUUGCUCUGAAGACGUCAAAGACUUGGUGCUGCUACUGCUGUCCUACUUUGACGAGAAGGAAGAUGUGAUGUUCUGCUAUGUAGAGGACACAUGCCUGGCGGGGGAAGUACAGAUGGACCAAGUUCGCUUGACUCCCACCAUUGUGGUUUGUGCAGCUCCUCUGGAGAGGUCUCUGACCAGAGUGGACGAAGAGCUGAAACAAGGAGCAUUGGAUGUCUUCACACUGAUCCUCCGGUUCAUGGGGGACCCCAGUCUGAGCGGCGCUCAGGAGAACCUGUUUGGGAACUACAUCAUCCACAGAGGAUUGGCCAACCCCGGGCUCCGAGACGAGAUCCUGGCACAGGUGGCCAAUCAGGUGUGGCGGAACCCCAACGUUCUGAACUGUGAGCGCGGGUGGCUGCUCCUGGCUGCCUGCCUGUCCUCCUUCUCCCCCUCACACAGACUGCACAAGUACCUGCUCAAGUUCGUAUCAGACUAUGGCCCGGGGGGGUAUGACUGUGUGUGUCAGCACCGACUGCUCCAGGCCAUGCAGGGGUCGUCACGGCGACCCGAGGCACGGACACACCCCCCCUGCCUGCUGGAGUGGACGGCCAACCGGCACCGAGCUCACACUGUGUUACACACACACUGCUUCGAUGGUGGUUCCUUCCUCUGUCCUCUCAACUCCUGGACCACAGGAGAGGAUCUGGCUCAAGAUAUUCUGCAGCACAGGGGUGUGACGGAGGGCCGGUGUGGCUGGUCGGUGCUGCUGAGGGAAGCAGCCCAGUGGGUGGAGCUGGAGGGUGGAGACCUGGUGUGUGACCUGCUGUCUGACCUGGAGAUGUCCCCAGACGUCCCCAAGCUGCCCUCCUACUUCAUCAUCUCCACCCAGGACCCUUCCAGGGUCAGGGCCAACAACAGCAUUAGUCUUCUGGGCAGUGGGUUUGACUCUAAAGAAGACCUUGCCUCCAAAUUCUCUAUUCUGCCUGAUGGACCACUCAGCCAAGACCUGGAGCCCCACAGAGGGAUGGACCGCUACCUUGACAGUCUGUUUGAUCCUGUUCUGGCCGACAGCAGUGCGGAAGUGGAGCGUCCCUCAGAGCUGUCCAGCAGACUGAGGGGGGGUGGAGGGGUCGGGGGUCACAGCAGCCCCUACGGACAACCCCCCCAGCCGGGAGCGGUGAGGGUUCUACCCAUGAUGCCAGGAGAGGUUAUAUCACCCCCGCUCUCCCCGGUCGCCCCUCCUGCAGCCACACACUCUCAGGAAGCAGUGAUAGCUCAGCAGCAGCAAGCCAUUAUCAACCAGCAGGCUGUAAUCAUGGCUCAGCAGAUGACCAUGCAGGCCAUGGCCUUGGUUACCUCUCCCAUCACCUCACCCCCCACCUCCCCCAUCAGCAGCCCCCCCAUGAGCCCUCUCCUCCCCCACCCCCUCUCCCCUUACUCCUCCCCCUACUCCCCCAUCCCUCCCUCUCCGUAUGCCAACCUCCCCCCCAGUUCGUAUCCCACUUCCCCCGACCCUGCUGGCUCCGCCCCCCAGCCAGAAGCCCCACCCCUGUCUGUUUCAAGCCCCGCCCCUCAUGCUGCAGAGAAGAGCCUUAAGGUCACCAUGGAGACGAAGCCUAAAGCCAGCACACCCCAAGGCGUGUCAUCGGGAACAGACAGUGUUGCCAAGAGAAGAGCUCCAACCAUCCCCAUCAACAAGGACCAGAGGGCCAGGAAGUUUGCCCCGGUGGUGACCGCUCCACCGCCCCCUGCUGGAGAGGUGGUGAAGUGGUCAGAGCAGCAGGAGAGCAUCACCCCCAGCUGCAACGUCAGAGACAUCAUCCGCCAAUACGACUCUCCUCCUCCCCCUCCACAGCCCCUGCCCCCCGGCAAGAGGCGACCAGAAGGGAAGUAUCUGAAAAAGCAGACUCCUCGUGAUGAAGCUUUACACAUCCUCAAACCUCAGAUGGACAACCCUCCACCUCCACAGCCCAAACAACCACCUGGCCCCUCCCCCUCUGCGUCUGCCAUGAAGGAGGCGGGGUUUAAACCCACCAAGAGCACCAAGAGGAGGGCUCCCGUUAGGCCCCUCCCACCUCACCCCCCAGUGUCGCGGGAGCUGCCGGUGGAGGCGGAGACUAUCCAGACUAAACUCCAUCGCAGCACGACAGAAGAGCAUUACACCUACACCAACGUUCCCUGGAGACUGUACCUGAGGAAGGAGGUGUUCUACCCCAAGGACAGUUUCAACCAUCCUCUGGUGUUGGAUCUCAUAUUCAAACAGGUGGUGAAUGAUACCUUGUCUGAGGCUUGUGUUCGCAUUACCAGUGAGGAGAGGCUGAAGAUGAAGGCUUUGUUUGCUAAACUGGGGGUGAUGCAGGACACUCAAGACGAGACAGUGAAGAAGUCUGUUGUCACAGCAGCCAGAGACUCCCUGGACAUCUACUUCUCCAGACUGUUCCCUGCCUCCGGCAGCGUGGGGACAGGGGUACAGGUGCUGGCUGUGUGUCACAGUGGGAUCAAGCUGCUGAAGACAGUGAAGAGCAGCGCUGCAGUUCCAGACUACUUCAGAGUCCUCAGGCCUUACACUUAUGCAGACAUCCUGUUUGUUACCAUCCCGUCAGAGAACAUGCUGGAGUUCAACCUGACCAAUGAGAAGCUGAUCCUGUUCUCUGCCAAGGCUGCACAGGUCAAGAGCCUGAUAGACCACUUCAUCACUGAGAUCAAGAAGGACUCUGAGUAUGUGGUUGCAGAGAGAAACCAUGUGACAGAUGAGCACUCGUGUCUGAGCUUCCACAAGGGUGACAUCAUCAGGCUGCAGGUCAUGGACAGCUUGGAGAAGGGUCAGGCCUACGGCUGUGUGGUGAGGAAGAAGGUGGUGUUUCUAGAGGAGUUAAAGAGAGACACGCAGGACUUUGGGUGGAAGUUCGGCGCUGUGUUUGGCCGUGCGGGGGUGUUCCCGGGGGACUGUGUGCGCCCCACAGCUGCUCCUGAUUUCCUGUCUCUGCCGCUGGACCGGAGGGCGGAGCCUCGCGGGGGGGCGGGGCGCGUCGCCGUGUCCUCAGCCGUUGCUGUUGCCGUGGCGUCCACCAUGGCAGCACAUGAGAUCGACCAAACGCUGGAGGCGUCGUUGGAAGGUUUUGGAGAGCUGGUGCUGGAGCAGGUGGAGGAUGGACGCUACGACCUGGUGGAGUUUGCUAAGAAGUACUUCAGACAACCUGGCAGGGGAGGUUCUCUGAAGAACAAGAACAAGGACUCCAGAGAUCCAUUUGAGAUGGUUCGGUUCUCCAAGACCCCACUGUCUGAGUCUCUGAUCGAGUUCUCGGAUCCAACCAUGAAUCGUGUGGCCACGGACAUCUUCCUGUCGGUGAUGAGGUUCAUGGGAGACCAUCCUGUAAAGGGACAGUCAGAACAGGAAGUGGUCAGCACCUUCCUCAAGCUGAUUGGAGAGUUUGGUCUGAUGAGGGACGAGGCUUACUGCCAGCUGCUCAAACAGCUGAGCUCCAACACUAGCUCCAAACUGGAUAGCUGCCAGCGGGGCUGGAGGCUGCUCUACAUCCUGACUGCCUUCCACCACUGCUCCCAGGUCCUAAAGCCCUUCCUGUUAAAGUUCCUGCAGGAUGCCUACCGCAGCCCUGGGGGCCAGUACCAGGGUAUUGCCAAGGCUUGUGAGCAGAACCUGAGGAAGACGUUCCAGUAUGGCGGCCGCCUUGUGGUUCCCAGCAGCAUGGAGCUGCAGGCCAUGGUGGCGGGGCGGAGCUCCAAGCGUCAGCUGUUCCUGUUUCCUGGAGGCAUUGAGCGCCACCUCAAGAUCAAGACCUGCUCUGUGGCGCUGGACAUAAUAGAGGAGCUGUGUUAUGAAAUGUGUCUAGAGAGGCUGGAGGCUAUGGACGAAUACACUAUCUUCCUCGUCACCAACAGAGGUGGGAACGUGCGUCCCCUGAACAGGCGUGAGUACGUGCUGGACCUGGUGACAGAGGCGGAGCGUGUGGACAGCAGCUUCUCUCUCUGGUUCCGCAGGGUCGUCUGGACCCAGGCUCUCAAGUUCCACAAUGAGCUGUGUGUCACCAUGCACUACAACCAGGUGCUACCAGACUACCGUAAGGGACUGCUGAGUGUGCUGUCCAGGGGGAAGGUCAGUGAGCAGCAGUUCCACCAGAUCUCCAAGCUAGCCGCUCUGCAGCACCGAGCCAAGGAACUGGCCUUCACACCCAGCAUUCAUGAGCUGUCAGAGUACAUCCCGGCCCCUCUCUUUGGGAAACAGCCCCCCCAACAGUGGGCUGCCAUGGCAACACUGCACCUGCAGCAGGUGCAGAUCCUCAGCCCCCACCAGGCCAGAGCCCAGUUCCUAGGUCUAGUCAGUGCGUUCCCCAUGUUUGGCUCCUCCUUCUUCUACAUCCACAGCUGUAGCUCCUCCUCCGUCCACGCCCCCUGCAUCCUGGCUGUCAAUCAACACGGACUGCAUUUCCUGCAUAAAGACACUCACGAGCGGAUGGUGGGGGUCCCCCUGGUGGAGGUCCAGUCCAGCCGCACGCAGUCUCCUGGUGCGGGGAGCAGCUAUCCCUACGUGGACCUGACCCUGGGAGACACCUGCUCACACAGGGUCAUGCAGCUGCAGCUGGAGCAGGGUCUGGAGUUGUGUAGAGUGGUAGCCAUGCAGGUCGAGAACAUGAUGUCUGUCCGGGAGAAGAGACUCACUUUGCCCCCCAGCGAGAUCACCGUACUAUAACACACACACACACCACACACACACACCACACACACACACACACACACACCACACACACACACACCACACCACACACACGGCACACACAUCUACCUCUUCAAGGCUUCAGGUCUUCCACAGUACAGAGCCUUCUCAGCCCCUGUGCUGCAGUACCUCAUGUCUCCACCAGAGGGGUGCUGCAGUACCUCAUGUCUCCACCAGAGGGGUGCUGCAGUACCUCAUGUCUCCACCAGAGGGAGGCAGCAGCAGCAGACUGGUUCCAUCACUGGUCUGGGUCUCAGUGGCUUCUGAUUCCUCCUCUUUAGCGUCACUUCCUUCCUGUCUGUCUGAAGAACUUCCUGUUUACUUCCUGCUUCCUCACUAGGAUCAAAGUCAGAAGGAUGAGACACAUGAUUACCCAUGAGCCUUUGCAUAUUGUUGACAGCCAGGAGCUCGCGCCUGGCCCAGGUUCUCCAUGGUUUCACAAGUGUGAUGUGAACCAGAGGAUAUAUUUUUAUAAUGAGUGUUUGUAUGCAGCUGGGUGUAUUUAUAACGUGUGUUAUUUAUAUUGAGGGUGUAAUUGUGUUCUCUUCAGAGUUUGGCUGAUCUGUGCUAGUGAUAUGUGUGUGUGUGUGUGUGUGUCCAGGGAACACGAGAGAUAAGAAUGCUUCUACUUUCCAGUCUCUCUGCUCUGAAACCUCAACUGUUAGUAUUUUUGUACUGAUGUUGUGUUUGUACGACAAUCUUCAGUUGUUUUAGUUUUGUUUAAUUUUUUUUUGCAUUUAUCAGGAUGUUUUGUAAAAACUACAUUUUUACCACAUUACAGAUGUAAUUGCAAGCAGUACUAGUGAAUUAUUGAGUUGGUUUUUAUUUGUGUGAGGUAGUCAUUCAUGGUGAUUGAUCUGAAUUACACCCAAUCAGCAAGCCAUA